AUGGAGACAACAGCAGAGCGAACAUUGUCCCUUUCCAGGCUUAGCUCCCCCGAGAGCUUCUGGCAAACUGCACAAGAUUAUCAACAAUGCUGUCCAGAUCUCGGAGAAGACAAGUUUAUGCAAUUAUCUAACCUUCUGCUGGAAAAUCCCAACUUGAACUCCACGCACCUGUUUCGAGCGGAUAUCUUGUAUGACAGUGCUGGUGUGCUCAAAACAGCGGCUGAAAAAGAAAAAAUGUACCAGCUUUUGAAUGAAAGUGCGACUAUCGAGGAUCUCUUUAUUCGAGAUGAGCCGGAAUCCACUGCAGUUGCGCACAUAUCAUAUGACGCCAUCUUAGAAAGGCGUGUGUUGAGAAAGCUCAUACCUCGAAAGCCCCAACUUGAUCAUGUCCUAGAUCAGUGGUGCUACAUCUACAAAUUGGUAGGGGGGCUCAAUGAGGCAUCCGGCUUUGUUGUUGUCUAUGUACCCGACGUCAAGGCUGAGUCGGAAAUGCCUUGGUAUCACCCUCCUGUCAAGUCUUUGGCAUAUCUCUACGAGACCAAGGGAAGUGAGGCGCUUCUUUCGGUGCAUUUUCUUCCUUUCACACAGUCUAGUGUUGAUUCUCUGCCAUCCCGAUUGCAUCGCACGUUCAUUUCCUUACUGCAGACGUUUCUUAGGCUCGCAAAGAACCCUGCGCCCAAGCAUGCUCCAGCUGUGGUCAAUGGCGACACGGGCGGUAACUCUCCGACAGACCUUUCUAUGACUCCAUCGGCACUCAAAGACACCAUCCUACCUCAGCAUAUCGUCCAAGACACCUACAGUCGCCUGAAGCAACAAUAUGCUCGAGAUCUGAUGUCCCGUUGGGCCGAGAAAACUGAACCAUCAAAGCAUGUCUUCGAGGAUCUCUCCAUCGCAGCCUUCCUCAUCGAGCUUUGGAAACAAAUGUAUAAACCGGACAAUUUCCCCGGCUUCGCCGACAUAGCAUGCGGCAACGGGGUGCUCAGCUAUGUGCUGAUCAAGGAGGGAUAUCACGGGCGCGGGUUCGACGCUCGAAGACGCGUUACCUGGGAGGUGCUCGAGAUGGACGAGUACCUGGACGAGAUGAUCUGCGUGCCACAACCACUUCUGGACCGUGCUACAGAUGACAUUGCCAUUCUCCUCCCAGGCACGCAAGUCCACCAUGGCUUAUUCAAACCGGGAACGUUCAUCAUCUCCAACCACGCAGACGAACUCACGCCGUGGACAUCAAUUCUAGCCGCCUUGUCGUCACCAGAAUCUCCACUCCCUUUCCUCGCCAUACCAUGCUGCUCGCACGCCCUUAGCGGCGCAAAACACCGGUACUCGCCCAAGGAUAUCCACGCCGCGUCUCCUUCCACCAGCGUAAACGGCACAGAAGCCCAGUUUGCCACAGGCGACCUGAGAGCAUUACGCGCUACGAAAGCCAAGGCCACAGACCACACGGAUGCUAAGUCGAUGUACGCGUGUUUGACGAGGAAAGUCGUCGCGCUCGCCGAAGAGGUCGGAUUUGACGUUGAGUUGACACUCAUGCGCAUCCCGAGUACGAGGAACUUCGGUAUUGUAGGAAAUAGGAAGAAAGUCGCGGCAUUGCAGCAUUCUGAAUUGAAAGGAGCAGAGCCAAACGAGGCCGAGGAGGGAAAUAUGGAUAUGGGAGGCGUUAUUCAAAAUCUGGUCGAUCGCGAGUGCGCGAUGUCAGGUGGUGUACGCGAGGCUGCACGGACAUGGAUUGAAAGGGCACAGAAACUCCAGACUGGCGCAGGCAGAGGCAAAGUCAAUCUUGGAGGUAAGCCUGGUCAUGUCAUUCAUGAUUGA